AUGUCUGCGUUCGACCUCAAUGAUGUCGCGGCUGCACUUCGCACCGCUCGUGCGGAAUCAAAGCCAAUUGACGCACCAACCAAGACAUGGCCCAGCCUCGAUGCCGACGGCGCAUUCAAGGUUCAACAGAUCAAUUCCAUUCAUGCUGUCCAGAACGGCGACCGAUUGAUCGGAUAUAAGCUCGGAAACAUCGCCAAGGUGAUGCAAGCCGCCUUUGGUCUUGAUCACCCAGAUUAUGGAUUCCUGCAUGCAAGCUCCUUCCUGUACGAAGGUACAUCCAUUGCCCGCAGCGAAUUUAUCAAGCCGUUUGUCGAGCUUGAGCCUGCUUUUGUUCUGAAGGGUCCUCUUAAGGGCCCUAACUGCACUGUUGCCGACGUCAUUAGCGCAAUUGACUAUGCAAUCCCGGCCAUUGAGAUCAUCGACUCCCGCGUCAAGGACUGGGCCAUCGACCUGCCCGAUACGUUGGCGGAUAAUGGAUCUACCGGAGCUGUUAUUCUUGGCGGUACCCCUCGGAGGCUUACCGAUCUCAAUCUUAGCAACAUGCGGGGCUUUUUGAAGUUCAAUGGUCAGGAAGUGAUGUCUGGAAACACUAAGAAUAUCCUGGGUAACCCUUUGGCGGCCGUUUCUUGGCUAGUCAACCGACUGUCGGAGUAUGGGAUCGAGUUUGAGGCAGGGCAACUCAUUAUGCCGGGAAGCUGCUUGGAGGCUGUCCCGAUGGAGCAGCCAGGGCACUGGUCUUGUACUUAUGAGGGAUGGGGAACAAUUGAGUUUGAGAUUGUAUAG